AUGUCUAAGCGUCAUCGUGACCUGCUUUUAUAUUUAGCUGGAUGCCCGGACCUUCAUCUUUUCUUCAUCAUUGUUGUGCUGCGCACACUCUUUUUGCUUUAUAUGGUAUUUUGUCAUCGAGUCUUUCCAUGUCUGUUUCAACAAUGGAAAUCCAGAAACGGUCAAUCCCUUGCAUUAGAUUACGACAGCUGUGGCCGUCUCUAUGACGAUCAGCGCCUUACGGAGCUCCGGCAUUGGGAUGGCGUGCAUAUGUAUCAUAUUGCCAACCAUGGUUACACUCAUGAGACCCUCUUUGUAUUUUUUCCAUUUCUUCCGUUUUUGAUUCGCUUUGUGCGUUGGUACACUGUGCAUGUCUUUCCGUUGUUGUAUCGUUUGGCACCGAUUUCAUUUUAUGUUUCUGGGCUCAACAUUAUUGCAUCCGCAGGCGCUGGUGUCAUCUUACGGCGAUUAACCAUCCUUACAAUGCUUGGGCACAGAACCAAAAGAAACAUCACACUAUGGCGAGGACAUGAAAAAGAAAAACAUACAAAUAUUGAACGAGGUUACUCAGUGACAGCACAUGAGGUUGUUUUUGAAAAACAUCAUGGAGAUCCCGAGGCAGCUAUGGAAGCAUCUGCACUAUGCACAUCAGGAACUACCCCUGUAUCCCCUUUGUACUUUUCGGGAUCAUUAAGUGGCAUGCUGGUGAAUAAUCAAAAUCGAGUAAAUCCCACCUGUAGUAUGAAUAAAUAUCAUGAUUGCGGAACUGAGGGUAUUUUGGUGCACUUUCCAAACGCUCGCGCAGCUGACGUGUUCUGUAUGAUACAAGGAUACCAUGGGACUCUUCUAGACAAACUGCCUCCUCUACUUCUUACGACUUCGAUACAGGACACUUCACAUCCUGUAAUACAUGAAAAAAUGGAUAAUGAUAUGUUUAUGUCAAACAUACAGGAAACAACACAAAAAAACAUCACCGUUUACUCGCCCUCACUUGCUUCUAAAGCUGCAAAAGAAGUAACUUUUCGUUGGAGGGCUGUGGGUGGGGCUGUUUUGGUUUGGAUCCUCACACCUGCUGUAGUGUUCACAGUCUCAAAUUACACGGAGAGCAUUUUCUCAUUCUUUACGAUGUUAGGCAUAUAUUCUUUGGUCCACUAUCGGCCUUUACCGAGGAUAGCAGAUACUAAACUUAAGGAAACGGAAGGCGUCAUAAUUUCCAGAUGUGCUUACCCAUCUCCUAAACCCCGAGGUAAGACCACUAUCUGUGGGGAGAGUGAUUGUCAUGAUAUGUGUUCGAUCCACUGGAAGCAGGCACUCACGUCAUGGCAUGAAGUGGUAGCGGUUAUGUGCUUCAUGAUCUCGAGCUGCAUACGGUCAAACGGUUUUGUGUGUGUUGGGUUUCUGCUGUACCCAACUGUACUUCAGAUAUUUUUCUCACAGAGCUACCGCGAACGGUGGGAGAUACUUCAUGGGCCCUAUUGGGCCUCCUUUGUCAGCCAUACUUCUGGAAAGAAGCCACUGAAAACGGAGACUCAACUAGAAGGUUGCGAAGGGGGCAUGUGUUUACACAUGGAUAUUUUAAAAUUAAUUACAAAGGAAGUCCACAUUGUUCGUACACUUUACACACCAACCCGCUUUCCCCAUCCUCUCCGACUCGUUAUUCUCCUUUUUGAAUGUGCCCUCAUCUUUAUCCCUUACUUAUCAAUGGGGUACUUAGGAUGGAAACGAUACGUGGGUUUGUGGUCUCAAAAGAAAGGACACAUUGUCUGCAACAACUUCUUGAAGUUCUAUAAUGUUCUCCAAAAGAAGUUCUGGAAUGUGGGUUUUAUGAGGGCUUACACAGUCACAAACUUUCCAAACGUUAUCAUUGCAUUGCCUAUUGGACUUAUUCUGUUGUAUACUUCCUAUCGCUACGCAUUCCAAGUAGCAUUGCGCUCUGAUUUCUGGCCUUCCUCCUCCUCCUACACGGAAUCAAUAGAACAAGGAAAACACUCGAUCAUCAAAACUGCACAACGCGUUUUGGUGAUUCUGCAAUCUAUGGUCCAAUCCUCUAACGUGGUUUAUCUCUGUGUUCUCUGUUUGAUUGCUUUCACAGUGAUGCAUGUACAAGUUGUUAAUCGUUUUGUUAUGUGUAGUCCAGCGCUCUAUUGGCUGAUUGGGGCACAGUUUGCGACAAGGCCAAACUCGAGAGUGACAUGUUUCAUUCUAUUUUACGUAAUUGUAUGGGGACUAACUGGUGGGCUUUUAUUUUCAAACUUCAUGCCCUGGACGUGA